CAACCAAAACAGACGGCUGUCCGCGGCAGUUUGGCUUCAUAACUUUGAAAAGUGUCAAAAGAGCAUGAAAACGCGUGUCAGCGAUGCUGCAGCCGGAACCGGUCCGACUUCCAACAGAGGGUCAAAAACUGAUGAACACUGUCCGACAGGAGCUGGGGCAGAGUGAAGCUGAGGAGGGAAACCCGUUCAACUACACCCCGCUGCUCAUCCACCUGCACAAGGACCACGAGCUGUUCGAGGAUGGGGACAUUCACAGACACAUGUAUCUCCAAGACCUGUACGUCUCAGACGCAGACGACAAGCCCACACUCAGUGUGUCAGAAUUUGCCUGUCACAUAUCUGGCUGCAGUGCAGUCUUCAUCACUUUGGAGGAGUAUGAGCACCACUACAACUCCCUGCACAGACAUGUGUGCUGCUCCUGCCGUCGCUCCCUGCCAAGUGCUCGACUCCUAGACAUUCACAUUCAGGAGUGGCACGACUCUCUCUUCAUUAUCCUCGCUCAGAGGCAAGAUAUGUACCAGUGUUUGGUGGAGGGCUGUGGACAAAAGUUCAGGACUAGUAAACACAGGAAAGAUCAUUUAAUAAGAAUCCACAGGUAUCCUCCAGACUUCAGAUUUGACAAAACCAAAAAGGACAAAGGAAUCAGAGAGAUGAAGAGACAGCAGCCGAAAGAUGCAGCCAUGGAGGUAGUGGAUGAUGUGUGUGAGUCCGAGGGUGUGUGUGAGGUUAUGUGUGAUGAGUUGUCCGACCAGCCCGAGCACAGGGAAUCCAUGGAGAUGCAUGUGUCCAAGAACGAAGCUGCUCGCAUGGCAAAUUCUGCCUCUACCGAGGAGCACGCAGAUCUUUCUGCUGCAGUUCACAGUUCUGGGAAUACAAGCGCCGAGCCACUAAAACCACGGUACUCCUACAGGGUCCCGACAACCGUGUGCUUCGGUCAUGGCUCCGUUCGAGGCUUCAGAGGACGCCGGGGUAGGAGGAAAUGAAACACCAGAAUAGAGCUUUCUGUUUUUUUAAGAUGUACAACCUUAUACUCUUGUCUUAUAACUGAAAGUAUUUACUGUCAAAUGUGUCCUUGACUUGAAAUAAAGUGGGUUUUUUUU